ACCGUAUUGAAAUUCCGUCGCUUUUGCACACCUAGGAUCAACCGGCUCUUUCGCCGACCUCUAUAAGUACGCCACCCCCCUCAUCCACCGCGAGUUCUGUUUCUUCCACUUAUCCAUCCAUCUUCCAUCAUCAACUCACGCUUCACCUCGACGUGAUAACUCUCAGCUUUACAUCCACUAAUUUCGCCAAAUUUAAUCUCCCGUCAAAUUUCAGACAAAAUGCCCCCCAAGGCCGCUGAGAAGAAGCCCUCCACCGGCGGAAAGGCUCCCGCCGCUGGCAAGGCUCCUGCUGAGAAGAAGGAAGCUGGCAAGAAGACUGCCACCGCCGCCUCUGGCGACAAGAAGAAGCGUGGAAAGACCCGCAAGGAGACCUACUCUUCCUACAUCUACAAGGUCCUCAAGCAGGUCCACCCUGACACUGGUAUCUCCACUCGUGCCAUGUCCAUCCUGAACUCUUUCGUCAACGACAUCUUCGAGCGUGUUGCGACCGAGGCUUCCAAGCUCGCUGCCUACAACAAGAAGUCCACCAUUUCUUCCCGAGAGAUCCAGACCUCUGUGAGGCUCAUCCUCCCCGGUGAACUUGCCAAGCACGCUGUGUCGGAAGGCACCAAGGCUGUCACCAAGUACUCUUCUUCCGCCAAAUAGGCUGCUUUGUCUUUUUAUUCCCAGGGUUGUCUUGUUUUGUUCUUUUGCCUUUAUGGUCUGCCGUGGCUAUGCGGUUGGUUACCGGGUGUUAGUGGGAUCUCUAAUGUGUCAUGGGACGGCUGUUAUUUCAUGGGCCGAAUGUCUUUAUGGGUGCAAUUUUAAAGGUGGACAGGGUGUAACAUAACUAGGGUCCUCUGUUCUGCCUUUCUAGAGCUCCAAAUCAAACUCACUUUAGUGCACGAUUUAUGUAUUCUGGACAUGAAA